GCCGCUCCGUGCCUCCGGUGCCGCCGGCGCCCGCUGAUCACAGGGCAACUUUCCGGGGCUCGGAGGGGCCGGGCCGGCGGCGGCACGGAGAAGGGGGGGGGCGGUCCGGUCCAGCCCAGCCCGGCAUCCCACGACGCCCGCCCGCAGCCUGCCGAGCCCCCGCGGGCCGCCGGGGAAGGGAGGGAAAGGAAGGAGGGGGGGAAGCUUUAAGAAGGAAAAGCAAUCAUAAUAUUAUCUUAUUUUUUUAAAGAAAGGCUUUGAAAGGGAAUUUGGAAGGGGGGAAUUAAAGGAAAAAAAAAAGUUUAAAAGUUGGAAAGGAGGAAAAAAAAACUUUAUAAAGAAAAAAUCUAAAAGAGCGAUUUUUUUAUUAUUUGAAGAUUGAAAAAAAAAAAGAGAUUGAGGGAGCAGGGGGAAAAAAAACACCUCGUAAUUGCGAAGGGCUCGAUCGGGCGCCGGAGAACAAUACUCACCGGGAAAGUUACUGCGCGGCCCGUGAGGGAGCGGCGGGAGGAAAAUGCCGCAGCUGGGCAGCGGCGGCGGGGACGACCUGGGGGCCACGGACGAGAUGUUGGCCUUCAAGGACGAGGGCGAGCAGGAGGAGAAGAUCCCCGAGAACGCCUUCACGGAGCGCGACUUGGCCGACCUCAAGUCCUCGCUGGUGAACGAGUCCGAGGGGACCGGCAGCCCGGCCACCGCCGCAGCCGCGGACCCUGAGGCCGUCCGGAGGGUGCAGGAUCCGCAGAGGGCUUACCAGGAGAAGCUGCCCGACCACAUGGAUGAUGGUAUGAAGCAUCAGGACCCAGGGAUGUAUAAAGGAUCUGCGUACUCUGGCUACCCCUUCCUCAUGCUCUCAGAUCCGUAUCUGCCAAAUGGAUCCAUGUCGCCACUGUCCAACAAGGUUCCUGUUGUGCAGCCAUCGCACGGCGUCCACCCGCUCACCCCGCUCAUCCCUUACAGCAACGACCAUUUCAGCCACGGCUCCCACUCGCCCCACUUGCCCGCUGACAUCAACCAGAAGCAAGGGGUGCACCGUCCAUCCCAGACCUCAGACAUCCCCGGAUUCUACCCCCUCCCUCCCGGUGGAGUCGGACAGAUCACGCCGUCGAUGGGAUGGCAGAGCCAGUCUGUCUAUCCGCUCCCGUCAUGUGGAUUUAGGCAGCCGUAUUCGUCAGCGCUUUCUGCUGGGGCUUCUUUCUCCAGGUUCACUCACCCGCUGAUGCUGGGCUCUGGCAUGCACACCACCGGCAUCCCGCACCCCGCCAUCGUGCCCCAUUCCGGCAAGCAAGAGAUGGAGCACUAUGACCGGAACAUGAAACCUCAACCAGAACCAAAGAGAGAGAAGGAAGCCAAGAAGCCCACUAUCAAGAAGCCCCUGAAUGCUUUCAUGUUGUAUAUGAAAGAAAUGCGGGCGAAAGUCAUUGCCGAGUGCACCCUGAAAGAGAGCGCCGCCAUCAACCAGAUCCUGGGGCGGAGGUGGCACGCGCUGUCCCGGGAGGAGCAGGCCAAGUACUAUGAACUGGCUCGCAAGGAACGGCAGCUCCACAUGCAGCUCUACCCCGGCUGGUCUGCCAGGGACAACUACGGUAAAAAGAAGAGACGAACACGGGAAAAGCAGCAAGAUUCCAACUCAGAUCCUGCCUCUCCUAAGAAAUGCAGAGCUCGCUUUGGCCUCAACCAACAAACGGACUGGUGCGGCCCGUGCAGGAGGAAAAAGAAGUGCAUUCGGUACCUACAAGGAGAAGGACGCUGUGCCAGCCCAGUUUCUUCCGAUGGAAGUGCUAUAGACUCCCCUCCCUCUCCUCUGGACGCACUCCAAUGCAUCUCCUCUGCUUUCCCUUCAGACAAGCUCGCAGCCCCCGCUGACUCCGCACACAGAGAUCACCCCGACCCCUUCCCCGGCUCCGCUCACCUCCAGCCCCCCUCCGGCUCCUCCAGACGGACGCCCACAGAGUCCCCUCCACGCUGCGUGGCCUCCAUGGGGACAUAGUCCUGCGCCCCCCUCGGGGUACCGGGUACCUCCUUUCAGUGCCCACUGCCAAGGACCAGAGGCCACAUUCCCCAUCGCACUGUAGAACAUGCAGGGUUAGGACAUGGGAUGCCUUGAGGAUGCUGGAAAACUCCUUUAGUUUUUAUUUCUUUUGGGGGGUGGGAGAGGUGUUAAAGAUAGAAAAGUGAUCUCCAAAACACAAGGUAAUGAGAACUUGCCAAGAUUUAAAGUGCUGAUGAGUAAACAAGCCUUUGUCCCUGCCCUGUGCUGCUUUUCUUUGUUUGGGGGUUUUUGGUUCUUUUACUGCAUUAUCUCCAGGUAUGGUGGGAAGCAGAGCCCACCUCCCCAGCUUGCUGCAGUAGAUGGUAGGUGCUAUCACUCUAACACUGCCUUUGCUCCCUGCUUCCAAGUGUAGUCCUUCACUCACACAUCCCUUGUAGCCGUUCCACCACGGAACUGGAAAAGCUGGAAUAGGAGCAGUUUUAGAAGCUGAAACUCAGUGUAGUGAUGCCGGCUUUGAUCCGACCGGAUAACAGAGAAAAGGAGGGUUUCAGUCGAGGAAGUGAACGUUUCCAAGGUGCUGUUACAGGUAACAGAUCUCAUGCAGACGUGUGCCAUGAGCAUGGCAGAGGGAAAGGGAGCACCGAGCACAGGAGCUGGACCAGCCCCUGGCAGGGCUGAGGACCCAUCGCUCACUGCAGGGGCUGUGCAGGGGCGCCCCUGUUAACAGAGGUUGUCCUCUGUAGAUAAUGGUCACGGCUCCCUGGAUGCUGGGCAAAGCCUAAAAGUCCUCCUGGAGCUCCCUCCCCAGCACAGUCCAGCAGCUCCUGCUCCAGGCACCCUCAGAGCCCUUCCUGUUGAUGCUUUGGUGGAUAACUUCCUAAAAUCCCCUUCCUCUGCUUUUGGAUCUGCACAAGAUCCUCCCUCCACCCUCAGGACGAUGCCAAAGGUUCAGUGUGUCCUCUCCAGCUUGAAAACCUUCACCACUUCCUGGUGUUCUAUUCAUGUUUGAGCUUGACCAACACAACCCCGCUGUGGCCGGGCUGAGAUCAACCUGACCCCAUCUCAAGCCCAGAUGAAUCCAAUUACUUCUUGAUUUCCUUUGGGUGUACAGGCUCCCCCCACCCAAUCCAGCCCAAAUCAUCCCCUCCUUGAAAGAGAUUCCAGACCAGUGAAGGGAUAAAUAACACCACACAGAGGGAGAAGGGGGGCUGGUUUUUGUCCUUACUGGGGUUUAAAGUCCUGAACACAAAUUAUGUAGUAAUAUUAUUGUAGAACUGCAGAAAUUUAUGACCUUUAUAAUGUACAAAAAUAUUUUUAUAUUGUUUUUCUUAAUGCAAAAAAAAAAGCCACAAACCCAAAUUUUUUACAUUGGAGUAAACAGAACUUUUUGAACCAGUUUAUGCCUCAAAGAUUGAAAAGGAUUAGUCUGUAGAACAGCUUUGGGUUUGUUCCCUUUAUUUAGGUAGUUUGGCUUUAGAGUAGCAUAGAGUUGGGUUUAAGUCCAGUCUUAGUUUAGAUGUGAACCUGUCGCUUUAUCCUCUCCUGUGUAAAUGUAACUUCAGAAGCACUGAAUGAAAGCUCCUGCACAAACCUGAACAGGAUGAAGUCGUUUUAGCGGUUGAAAGAAUCGUUUUAAAGCUUGAAAGAGACAUUUUAACCCUUAAGGAAGCAGCAUUACCUGACCCCAUGCCUGCUGUACAUUGGGCGAUGCAGUGAUGGUGCUCCGAGGGGUGGUUAGGUCUGGAGCUUCAUGCUCUGGUUUACAUUACUUUGCCAGCUUAGACGAGCAGGCACUAGUGUUGAACAAGGAGCUACUGCUCAGGCUCUUCCCAGACCCCCCCCCCAAGUCUCUUUUUAUCACUUGUAUUUAAAACACACCCAAAACUUGCUUUACAGAACAACAGUGAUGGCUCAGCUCAUGCCUGUCACUGAGACCUGCAGUGUAUGGGGCUGUCAGAGCAUCAGCCCCUGCCAACGCCACAGAGGACAAAGCAGCCUCAGUGGCGUAGCUUAACCCAGCACUGGUGUAAAGCUGUUGUAAGUUACUACCCAGUUGGUAUUAUGGGGUUGUCCAGAGAAGCUGUGGCUGCCCCCUCCCUGGCAGUGUUCAAGGCCAGGUUGGACACAGGGGCUUGGAGCAAGCUGCUCUAGUGGAAGGUGUCCUUGCCAGUGGCAGGGGUUGGAACUGGAGGAGCUUUAAGGUCCCUUCCAACACAAACCAGGCUGGAAUUCUAUAAAACAAGUUAGCACCAAAGGCAGGAAUAAGAGAGAAAGCAAAUGGGCAUAAAUAAAACCAGUGGGAACUGAGGGGCAAGCCCCAGACCUAUUAACCUGCAUCCCUAGCCAAGGAGCAGCCCUCACCCCUGUCAGCUCACCAGGGCUUUCACAUGCCCAUUCCAAGGCUGCUUUGGUCAGUCUCCACAGGGGCUCAGGGCCCAUCCCUACAGCAGCCUCCUCUGAGCCCCUUUAUGCCAUCCAAUUCCCACCCAGUCCUCACAGUGAAUCCCACUGCCCCUGGCAGCAUCUCCACACACAACCUGAAGCAGCUACACCUGCUUUUCCAAGCCAUGCUUGCUCCACGCGGGCACAGUGAGAGCUGCCCUCUGCUCCCAAGUGCUGCAGGCUAAGCUCAGACUGCCCCUCGGUGCCCUGCAGCACAUUCAGUUUAGGCUGGUGUAACUGAGAACAAGAGUUCAGAGCUUCCAAAACACACAAGAUAAAGAGACCAUGAAGCUGCCCAUUGCCAAGACAAAACAGUGACUAAGAGCUGUCUCCAACACCAAAACAAAGUUACCUUGACUAAUAUCAGAAAGUGUCUUUAGAAACACCCCAUGAAGUGUUCCUGGUUUGUGUUAAUGCUCUUUUUUUUAAAACAGAAGGAAAACUUUGCCCUUUUUUAGUUCUUUUCACAGCAAUUUCAACUCUUGCUUAAAUCCAUCAUUCGACUUCCUGCAAUCAGUUUAAAUGUACAAGUCCUGGAAGUACCACUUCAUUAAAGCAGAGUGCAAGCACUGUAGCAGGGAUCAAUGCGUUGCAGCUGUACUUUCAUUUGUCCAGUGACAUCCACCACUUGUAAGUUUUUUACUUCAUUGAAUUUGUAUGUUUUUGGCUUUUAUGUUCAAAAUAUGUUUAUAGCUUUAUAAAUAAAGUAACUGCCAGAGUGGCUCUUUGAGAUGGGCCACUGGGAGUUCUGAUCUGAA